GCGUUUCACAUUUACCUCCCGAUGAGAUAAUAUCAAGUCACAACAUUGAUGGUCCAACCACAAUGAUUGCAGCAAAGUGCUUUUUUCUUUGCGAAAAAGACGGGAAAUGUGUUGGAUUUAACUUCAGAACACAACUCAACACUGAAAACUGCCAACUUACAAACGUCAUUCAAAAUAGAAACGAAAACGAGACAAGGAAGGGCGACUGGACGUUGUUUCGUGAUUCUGAAGCAGUAUGUAGAUUAAAUUUUAAUUAA